GCAAGACUCAGUCAUUCUUUAGACUAACCUAGACCAAGUUGUAUUUUAUUAAUAAAAAAAUAGAAACAAAAUGAAGAAAUUUGUAUUAAUACUUUUAAUAGGCGCUAUUGUGAUAAGGAAUGUAAAGCUUGCUGAAGCCAAGGAAGUAAAACUAACCUCUAAGGAUUUCCAAAAAGAGUUUUUGCAUAAAGUCAGUGAAACCAUGAAAUCUACAGCCAUGGAUUAUUUAAACAACUAUCUUAAGGGCAUAAAAAAACCAGCUCAUGUGCACGAAGAUUUCAAUGCUGAACUUAAAAUGGCUUUGGAGUCAUCUAGACUAGAACCUAAAGUUGUCUUCAUCAAACAAUAUUUGGAUAUGUUAGAGAAUAAGGAUACUAAUCGUGAAAAUAUAUAUGGUUUGAAAAAUGUCAUGUUUCUCAAGAAACUCAAGGACAAAUUCUAUCAUUUGCAAGAAGAAAGUUUUGAAGAAAUACAUCAAUUGCGUUAUUACUAUCUCUGUAAACAGUUUAAAGUACAAAAAGAGGCUACCACCCCUUUGUACCACAACUAUUAUUCCAAGACCACUCAGCUAGUGCCCAUAAAUGAGCACAAUGUGGGCUCUAUGCUGCAUAAAUUGGGUGCGAAAGAUAAUCACACCAUUUCCAUUAAUAUCUCUGACUUUGGCAAAGAAUUAUAUCAAAAAGUAAACGAUGCUGGCUGUGAUGUCAUCAAUGAUUAUUUGAUUAUAUUACGCAAACUUUUGCAAGAGGUUUUAGAGCCUGAAUCGGAAGAAGAAUCAACCGCACAUUCCGAGUCUCUACGCAAGAUCCUAAUAGAAAUAAAUGCUCUACUGCAAACCACCGAUUUCUAUACCAAACGUCAAAGACUCUAUGAUUAUCUACAAAACAAUCUAGCUUUGGAUUACGAGCAAUUUCAAAGUUCUGAGACAUCACAACAUGAUCUUAUGGCGGUAUUUAACAAACUUAAAGAAAAAGGUCUAGACCUAGUGGUGGCCUUUUUAUUUAGUAAUUUUGAAUUUGUAGACUAUCUACAAGAUCAAUGGCAAGAGCUUUUACCCCAGGCACCCAUUUCACUGUAUGAUGCCCACUCACGUCCGCUAAAACAGAUUCAACAAUUAUAUGCGGAAUUUAAACAGGAUUUUGAAAAUUCAUCAAAAUAUGAUUCUUAUUUAGAAGCUGUAAAAUUGUUGCAUGAACAGACACAGCGGGAAAAUGCUGACAAUACGCAUAUUUAUGAGAUGCUUUAUAGUGCUUCACAGAAUGUGGGCAGUAGUCGGGCAACAUUAAUGAAUUCAAAAUGUAAUGAAAUUUAAAUUAGUGGUUGUGGCUUUAUACCAUGCUUGUAUAUAAGUGUAUAUGUAUGUAUGUCUGCGUACUGCAAAGGAAGGGCAGAGUGUGUCAGUGUUUGAGAGGGUUUUUGUUAUAAAAUUGUAUGUGUUUAAGUGUCUGUGGUUUGUAUAUUUGAUGUUGUAAAACUACAUUAAACAUGCAGUUUGAAGUUGUUCAAAUGCAUGUGAUUUAUUAAUAUGAAAUUUAAAUUUAGAACACAAUAAAGUUUCAUUAAUACAAAUAAAAAU